UGAUGGCGGGAUCUUGUGAGAUCAGCAACAUCUUCUCUAACUACAUCAGCGCCAUGUACCAGCCAGAGGAGGUGCAGCCGCCCCUGGACGUGCUGGGACACCUUGGGGACGACGGCACCCUGGGGCUGAGCCUCCCCACCAGCCAGCCCCCGGCCCAGGGCACAGACAAGCCGGAGUGGUUCAGUGAGCUCCCGUACUUCUGGACCAAGGUGCAGGUGCUGGAGUGGAUCAGCUAUCACGUGGAGAAGAACAAGUAUGAUGCCAGCGCCAUCGACUUCUCCUGCUGCAACAUGGAUGGGCACACGCUCUGCCACUGCACCAGAGACCAGAUGCGCCUCAUCUUUGGGCCCUUGGGGGACGAGCUCUACGACCGCCUGCACGAGAUCACCUCCGAUGAGCUGAACUGGAUCAUUGACUUGCUGGAAAAAGAGGAUGUGACUUCCCAAGAGACCUCCCUGGACUCCAGCCACCUGGAGCUGGGAAAUCCCUGUGCCAAGGACUCCUUGGAGGACAUGAAGCCCACACACCCUUUCCUAUCCACAGACUUCACCUACUUGCCUGCUGCCGUGUCCCCAGGCAGCUCCGAUAUCUCAGGGCCUGUGAUGUCCCACAGCCCCAACUCUCAGGACUCCGGUGGAAGUGACCUUGACCUCGACCCUGUGGAAGCAAAGCUGUUCCCUGAUGAUGGCUUUGCAGGGAGCAAGAAAGGGGACAGCAAACAUGGCAAGCGGAAACGGGGACGGCCCCGAAAACUCGGCAAGGAGAGCAGAGACUGCCUGGAGAGCCGGAAGAGCAAGCACUCCCCGAGAGGUACCCACCUGUGGGAGUUCAUCCGGGACAUCCUGAUCCACCCUGAGCUGAAUGAGGGGCUGAUGAAGUGGGAGGACCGGCGCGAGGGCGUCUUCAAGUUCCUGCGCUCAGAGGCAGUGGCUCAGCUCUGGGGCCAAAAGAAGAAAAACAGCAGCAUGACCUACGAAAAGCUGAGCCGAGCCAUGCGAUACUACUACAAACGAGAGAUCCUGGAGAGAGUUGAUGGCCGACGACUGGUGUACAAGUUUGGGAAGAACUCCAGCGGCUGGAAGGAGGAGGAGGUGCUCAACAGGAACAAGGAGCUGUAG